AUGCUUUUCUUCAGUACUAUAAUUCAACGUAUUUUUGGUGUGACACGAUCGAAAGCAAUUAAAAGUCGUAAAAAUUGUUGUUCUUAUUAUCCUGACAUUCGUAUACGUAAAGUGGCAUCAUCCGCAUUGACGUCAAUUAUCCAUCCAAGUUGUAUAAUGGAGACACUGGAUCAUUUGUUGUAUCUUAUGGAUGAAUGGAGAAGUAAAGAUUCAUUAUCACCAUCAACAAGAAAAACUGAUCGAUCGAAUAUACUUCAUAGUCUACUAUUGCAGGUAUAUGCUUUGUUAUACUCAACUAUGGAGAUACACAGUUCACCUGUAUACCUUUUACCAUCUGCUUAUAUUUCCAACACAGAAUAUACAUCAAUAAUCGAUCGUUUAAUGAAAUCAUUCUCUUGGUUGAAUAACCCAAAUAUUGUUCAAUGUCCAUUGAUAAGACUAUUGUAUCUGAAAACACUUAGUCCUUACUAUAAUCAUCAUCAUCAAUUUACUCCAGUCGAAUCGAAUUCAUCCUUAAACAGUUUAGAAUAUGAGUAUACUGAAGGAAAUGUAAACGCUUUGAUUGAUUAUGCAAUAUACCAAGGGAAGAAUAACAUUCAAGUUCAUAAAGAAGUUGAACAGUUACUAAAGUCAUUGAAUGAUCUCCGCCUGCUUACCUCAGCCUUACGUCGAAUUUGUUUAUACUUAUGCUCAAAAGUUGGUGACCCUACUGAUUGUAGUAUGAAUUUGGAAAGCAUUAAUGCGAUGGCUCAAUGUGGACCACAGCCUAAUACAGAAGUAUUGAAGAUAACUGAAAAUCUCUUCACUAUCCAAACAUUGUUAGGCAUUUAUUACCAUCAAAGUGUUUGUAAUGCUAAUACUAGUAAUAAUAAUAACAAUAAUGAUAACCAUGUACUCACAGAAUUGAAAUCCAUGUACAAAGCCGAAUUCAAACGUUACUUCUACGCACUACUGACAAUACUUAUUCAUUCGACCAAUACUACUACUACUACUACUGCUUCAUUGUUUGACUGUAUUCACAAAUUAUUAGAUUCAGAUUAUCAACGUUUACUGUCGACUGCAGUCCCAAAUUCACUGAUCACUCGAGGAGGUCCUGAAGUCAGUUUCACAGCUAUACAACUUUAUUCCUAUGUCAACUUAAUACAUAUCACUGAUGAUAAAAAGAGAAAGAAUGAUAAUGGUGUGAUACAAAACUCGUCUUUGCGGGAUCAUCUCCGUAAUGAUCCGUUUAGUCUAUUGUGUAGAUUGUGCAAUUCACGUUUUAGUCAUAGCGCUCGUGAAAAACUCAAUCCAACUGGAGCAGAAGAAGAAGACGAAGAAGAAUUGAAUUAUGCAGCCUUAUAUUCACUACGUUUAUUGGAUAUGCAAAGAUUGGUUGCAUUCACCUCACAGAAGAGUGGAAAUACUGAUGAAAGAGAAACUGUAAUUGCUGAAGUAUUUAUCACAUUAAUCAAAAAUUUGGUUAAACCGGCCAGUAUAAAGUUGGAAAAAUUGGCCUGUGAAAUCACACAGAAUUUACUAGUUUCUUCAAAUACACAAUCCAAAUGUGUAUUGCAAUCGCCGUUUGUCUUAUUACCUCGGUUGAUAGACUUUUUACUCAAAUUUAACUCAAGAGUGUUUUACAAGCGUUUACUACAUUUCACUGAAGAACAGUUGAUUACUAAGAGGAUCUCUAAGAGAGGUGAAUGUACGCAUAUGCCUAUAGUUCAACAGACAACAUUUGAAGAAGAGUAUGACACAGUAGAGUUAAUCAAAAUUGUAUUCAGUGGCUUUUCAAAAUCAUCGUCUGUUGCAAAUAAUAAUAACAAUAAUAAUUCAAGUGUAGAUAUUAAACAGCAUGACUCUUUGCUUCAUAUGAUGAAUUCUACCAACGAUGAAGUAUUCUGCUGUGAUGAAAUUGAACUCAAUGAACUCUAUGAUCUUUCCAUCUGUAAACCUGAUACUGUGACUACUCUUUACUUAAACAGGUAUAUUAUGAUGAAUCGUCGUAUCAAAUGUUUUUAA